AUGGCGAGCGAGUCGACGGCUUGGGUGACGGCAAAGCCGACGCUCAAAGUCAUCGGCGCAGGGUGGGGCCGCACGGGCACCAACAGCGCAAAGCUGGCGUUGGAGAAAUUGCUCAACGGGCCGUGCUAUCACAUGUUCGAGUGCGCCAAGCGCCCAGAUUUCCAGAAGUGGAUUGAUGCGUACAAUGGCAAACCGGACUUUGAUGCCAUUUUUAGGCAUCCAGAUGGUGGGUCCUAUGUCGCGACCGUGGACUACCCCGCUUGCGGAAUGUACAAGGAGCUCAUGGAAGCGUAUCCAGACGCCAAGGUCCUUUUGACAGUGCGAGACCCGGAGCAGUGGUAUGACAGCGUCAUUGACACCAUUUGGUCCUGGCGCUGUGGUGAGCAGAAUUGGUCGGUGAGGAUUUUCGCCAAUGGCCGGAGGUUUCAGCGACAAGCGCGGCUCUUCCACGAGCGGACGAUGCUGCCCAAGGUGAAGCGCACGGACCGUGAAGGCUCCAUCCGCUCCUUCAAAGCCUGGGUGGAGAGGGUAAAGAGCUCCGUGCCGCCUGAGAGGCUGCUGGUCUUCGACGUUAAGGAGGGCUGGGAGCCGCUCUGCAAGUUUCUGGAUUUGCCGGUGCCGGAGGAGCCUUUUCCCAAGGUCAACGACCGGGAGUCCCUCAAGAAGGACAUGAACAAAGUUCUUGUCUUCUGCUACACAGCCAAUUUUUUGGCGCUGCUGCUGGGAUUGGCAUGUGCAGUGGGAUGUGCAUAUGGCCUGUUUUCCCUGUUGAAGAUGUUGAUCGACCAGUAG